AUGGGGCCUGUCUGUCGAGCGAUCGCGGCUGCGGUCUGCCUUGCUGCCGUCGUGGCCAGCCAGGUACGGCUGCCUCUGCAGACGUCCGGCCGCUGGAUCGUGGACGCGAGCGGUACGCGAGUCAAGCUGCGCUGCGUCAACUGGGCCGGCCACCUGGAGGUGAACUUGCCCGAGGGCCUGCACGCGCGACCGCUGGCGGAGCUGGCCGACUGGGUGCGGGAUCGGGGCUUCAACUGUGUCCGGCUAACCUACUCGACGGACCACGCGCUGCACCCGGACGUAUCGAUCGCCGACGCCUUUGCCGGCGCGGCCGCAGCGACCGACGUGCCCAUCAGCGACAUGAUGGCGCUCCACGACGCGGCCGUGGCGGCGAACCCGUUCCUGGGCGGGGCCGAGACGACGACGCGCGACGUAUUCGGGACCGUCAUCGAUGCGCUCUGGGCGCGCGGCGUCAUGACGGUGCUGGACAACCACGUCAGCCGGGCCGGCUGGUGCUGCGACCUGACCGACGGCAACGGCUGGUGGGACGUGGCGACCGGCUACGACGCCGCCAACUCGCGCUUCUUCCACACAGAUCGCUGGCUGCGCGGACUGCAAGCCAUGGCCGACGCAGACGGUCGUCACGCCGACUGGUACCACCUCCUCGGUCGCGCCGGCGCCCUCGUCCACCAGGUUAACCCUGACGUGCUCGUCAUCAUCGGCGGCACCUUCAUGGCCACGGACCUGUCGUUUGUCCGCCUGUUACAGCCGCUCAACACCACCGGCUGGGCAGGCAAACACGUCUGGGAGUGGCACACGUACUCCUUUUCUCUCACGGUUCCCCAUGUCCUCCCGUGCCGCGCUCGCCAGCAGCUCUAUGGCCUCUUCGCCGGCUUCGUCCUCCGGCAGCACCAGCCCUACACCGGCCCGCUGCUGCUCUCCGAGUUUGGCGUCGACCAGACCGGCGGCCACGGUCCGAACGGACUUUCCCACCUCGACAGCCGGUAUCUGUCCUGUCUGGUCGACUACCUGCGCCGCAACGACGCCGAAUGGGCCGUCUGGGCCCUCCAGGGAAGCUACUAUGUGCGCAACAAGCAGACCAACUACAACGAGACAUGGGACCUGCUCAACCACAACUGGACAGCCCUGCGCAACCCACGCUUCUUUGAGUUGCUGCGCGGCAUAUAA